AUGGCCACCAUAGCCUUCAAUGACAGCUCCGAUACACCUCCCUCGUAUGAUGUGUCUGUAUCAAAAGAUUCCAGUCAAUCUAAACAAUCGGUAUUUUCAUCCCUACAAUCCAAGCACAAAGCUUCUGUUCUAUCUCUCAUCCAUCAAAUUGUCUCUUCUCCUGGUUUCGGUGUUGCCUCUGUCGCCCCGAUUAUCAAAUCCUGCGCUGCUGCUCUCCCAGCAGCAAAGUUCUCAAAGCUGCUCCAAAAACGCAAUAUCGAGAACCACACGGCGCUGUAUUGGGCGAUUGUAAACAACCGGCGAGAAGCCCUUCUGGAGUUUGUUAAAUUCAUUCCAAAAUUCUCACGUGCUUGUUCUGCCGACUUGCGUCUUGCAUGUAUGGCAGUGAACGACCAUGAUUCAUUUAUGCUACUGCAUUUGGGAGACAAUGAGGUUGAUUCCAAGGAUAGGUCUUCGAGACGCAUGUUGGGUUGUCCGCGAGAUGACAUUCAAGUCCAUGACGGGGAUACCCUGAGCGCGCGCAGUAACGAAAACAACUUCUUUGUUCAUUUUGUCUUCAGGAUGUUCCAGAAGCGUCUGCGUACUGCACGGAAAUUGGAAGUAGAAUUUGUUGCCCAGGGACGUAUAUGGGUGUUAUGCUUUAGUAUGGAUGUGCUGACAGGGGAUUGGUUUGUUGAGUUUGGUAUUUCUCGAGAUAGCCCGUCAGCCAACAAACUGUCACCUGGCUCUGAUACCAUGCAACCUCUACGCCUUGAUAUGCGUACAUCACACAUUCUUGCACCUGGGGGAGUAUAUAAAUAUUACAUGGAUGGGGCCGACACCAGACUCACAGUUUGCUGGCGAUUGAGUGAUUGGCCAAUGCACGCCAAUACUGCUUAUGUGGACUGCAAUGGCACCCUAACUGCAAAGCUUAUGAUGACAAUAAAGCCACGCUACCCUUACCGAGGCUGA